AUGAUUGAGGAUAAGCAUCUAGCUGAGGAAAUUAAUAGAAUUAUCAAGGACUACGUAACGAAGGGUUACGUGCGACAAGUAACGGAUGAAGAACUUAAGACGUUUUAUCCGAAGAAAUGGUAUUUGCCUGUGUUUCCCGUCACUAAUCCAAACAAGCCGAAGAAAAUCCGAUUGGUCUGGGAUGCUGCUGCUGAGGUGAGGGGUGUCUCACUUAACAAGAAGUUGCUGACCGGACCAGAUCUGCUGACCCCACUGCAAGCUGUGCUGUUUCGCUUUCGUGAAUACAAAAUCGGCGUGGCAGCUGACAUUAGGGAAAUGUACCAUCAGGUGCAAAUCGACGGCGAUGACAUACAUAGCCAGCGUUUUUUGUGGCGAUGGGGAAACACCAACGUGGAACCGCAGGAAUAUGUCAUGUUAAGAAUGACAUUCGGUGCAGCGUGCUCUCCAUGUACAGCACAAUACGUAAAGAACGAGAAUGCCGAGCAGUAUCGCUCGCAAUAUCCUCGAGCAGUACAAUGCGUUACGGAGGAACACUACGUGGACGACCUGCUAACGAGUGUGGAAACGGAAUCAGAAGCAACCGAACUUGCGCAUCAGGUGCCACUACAUGAGUCGUCUCUUCAACUUCACGUGUUCGUUGAUGCGGGUUCCGAUGGAUACGCGGCGGUUGCAUAUUUCCGCUUUGAGUAUAAAGGAAAAAUAGAAGUGGUCCUGGUUGGAGCGAAAGCUAGAGUCGCACCCCUGAAAUACUUAUCGGUACCUAAAUUAGAAUUACAGGCCGCUGUCAUGGGAUGCAGGAUUGCUGAAGUGCUGGAGACGACUUCCAAGGACGAAUGGCGAUGGGUCCCAACCACAAUGAAUGUAGCCGACGAAGCGACCAAGUGGACCAACCUGAAGAAUCAUCUAGCAUCGAAGCGGUGGUUCCAUGGGCCUGAGUUCCUGCACCUACCUGAAGCAGAAUGGGACAUCCCGCAACGGAUGCCAUCGGAGACCCGCGAAGAGAUGCGGAAGAAAAAGCUACCGAAGCUAGUUGGAACUCAAACAGUGCGUCAGGAGUUCAUCGCCUACGAGAGAUUUUCACGUUGGACGCGUCUCGUGCGGACAGUCGCCUAUGUGUGCCGGUAUGUAAACAUUGUUACCAACGCUAAUCCUCUUGCGAUAGGUUCACUCACUCACCAAGAAGUACAAGCGGCCGAAAAGGUGAUCGUGCGAGACGUACAGAGAAACGUGUUUCCCGAUGAGUACGCACUAUUGAAAAAACAUAGGGAUAAUCCUACUGUGACGUCAUGGAAGGGUCUGAUACCCCGAAACAGCUCCCUAUUUAAACGAAACCCUUACAUGGACGAGGAGGGCCUGCUGAGGCUAUGUGGACGGAUCGAUCGUUGCCGUUUUGUGGAUGCGUCGACGAAGCGUCCUAUCAUUCUACCCAGGCAGCACUAUGUGACAGAGUUGAUAGUAGAUGAUAUCCAUCGUAAAUACAAACACGGUUGCCAGGAAACGGUAGUAAACGAGCUGAGGCAACGAUACGAUAUACCAGCGCUUCGAUCGGUGUGUAGACGCGUUCGCUCGCAUUGUAGAACUUGCAUGUUACUAUACACGCAACCGGUAACGCCGCAAAUGUGCGAACUGCCCGCUGCCAGACUAGCUGCCUUUUCACAACCUUUCUCUUAUACGGGAGUCGAUUACUUCGGUCCGCUGUUGGUGACGAACGGUAGAAGAACGGAAAAACGCUGGGGCGUUUUGUUUACGUGUCUGACGGUCCGAGCCGUCCACAUCGAGGUGGUGCGAUCUUUGUGUACAAGCGAUUGUCUAAUGGCUGUUCGUAGCUUUAUGGCGCGUCGCGGAAUACCAACCGAAAUCAUCUCUGACCGGGGCACAAAUUUUGUAGGUGCCGAUAGAGAGUUAAAAGAAGCAGCAGAACGUGUUAACACAGCGAUCCUCAGCGAAUUCGGUCCUCCCGAUCCAGCGUGGAAGUUCAACCCUCCGGCAGCCCCACACUUUGGCGGAUCCUGGGAGCGAAUGAUUCAAUCGGUCAAGCGAAUGCUAGCUCGUACGCUCAUGGAGAGGCAUCCAACGGAAGCAGUGCUAACGGCUACCCUCAUCGAAGUCGAGAAUAUGUUAAAUUCACGGCCGCUCACCCACGUUCCUGUUGAUGGUGAGGAUGAAGAACCAUUAACUCCCAAUCAUUUCUUGUUAGGCUCUUCCGCAGGAAUGAAACCGUUGGUUAAGCACGAUGACUCGCCCGCAAACUUGCAACAUAAUUGGAAGGCUGUGCAGGCAAGGGCUAACGCAUAUUGGAAGACAUGGAUCAAGACUAUCGAGUACGUGCACACCGAAGAUUUCGGAAAUGCGGAUCUGCUGUCACGUCUUAUAAACACGCACACCAAGCCAGAAGAAGAUUGCGUGAUCGCGAGUUUAGAAGCAGAUAUUUCAAGUUUUGCCAAGUGGCUGCAUAUGAUGGUCAAUGCUGACGAUUGGGACAGCAUCAUCGUUUACAACGUGUCCCAAAUCUUCAUCAUCUGA